AUGAAGGUGGUAGUGUUCACAGGUGGUACUGCCAGUAAUUCGUUGGUCAAUUGCUUUGAAGCGUUGUCACGUGAUGUUGUAAAAACGCCAAACGGUCCUGCUGGCAACAGCGUCACCCAUAUCAUCCCCGUAUCUGAUAACGGCGGGUCCACAUCAGAGAUACUACGUUGUUUCGGUGGUAUCGCACUCGGAGAUCUUCGUAAUAGAGCUCUUAGACUGUUUCAGGAUGAACCACUGCGACAGUUCCUCCAUCAUAGAUUCGAUAAGGAUUCAACAGUCGCUUUACAAGAAUGGGAGAGUCUGAUUCGCGGCGAUCACCAUCUGUGGGCAGAACUGCUACAAGAAGGUACGGUAUCCCAGAGAUUGAAACUAUAUCCUAUGUUUAGAGAGCUGUUUCUCAAAUUUGCCGCCAAGGUUGAGCAGCUAGAUUCCAAGUUCGAUUUCUCUGCAGCGUCUGUUGGCAAUAUCCUACUUAAAAGCAUGGAAAUGCAAUCUGGGAUUGAUGCUGCAUUGGAACAGUUUCUGCAGUUCGGCGGCGUGCCGCCGAACUUUUCUAUCGUUCCAUGCGUCAUUAUCUCUGAACAUAUGGCAGGAGAACGCCGCCCGGAAGAAUAUCCUCUUCCCACUCUACAAUUGCAACUAGUUCUUGCUAACGGAGACGUUAUCACUGGUCAAUCUGAGAUCUCUCAUCCUGCAGAUCUCUCAUCCAAUAACACAUCUCAAUUGCAUUUCUCCAAGUCAAACGAUGCACAUCCUCAAUUGGCAGCCGCAGUGCAGCAGCUUCGAUACGUGCUAGAUGAUAGCGGUUCCAUUUCUCCGAUCUGGCCAAGAGCAGAUCCUGCUGCCCUUCAAGCCAUUGAAUCUGCAGACUAUAUCAUCUACAGUAUCGGUUCCUUAAUUACUAGUUUGAUGCCAUCGUUAAUCGUACCUGAAAUCGCUUGUGCCAUUGCUAAAAAUAUCCAUGCCAAGAAAGUUUUGUUGCAAAAUGGUACUUACGAUCGUGAAUCGUAUGGAUUAGAUUCCGUCUCUUACACGAUGCUUGUCAAUGACACGCUUCGACAAGCGGCAUUGUCCUGUUCAGAGGAUGCCAUUCCGUCAGCUAAUUCGUGGGUGGAUCACGUGAUCCGUCUUCAGGAUAGUGAGAUUCAGAUCCCAUCCAAGGCUGAACCCUGGUAUUCAACAGUUACGAUCCCCAGUAGUGGUAGCGGUAGCGGUAGCCAUUUUGACCCGGAUAUUUUGCUUGAAACGUUGCGUUCCCUUUGA